UUGCAGUGUCGGUAGCAUUAGGAUUAAAAUAUAAAUAAAAAAAUAAAAAGUCUUUUAGAUCAAACAUAAUCAAAAAUCUCUUGUGAAACGAUUGUAAUCAAUUUUAAGCGGCAUCGUAUAAUAACGGAUCACGCAUCGUACUACAUUCGACUGAGAUAUACAUAUAUAUGUAUAUAUAAGCGAUAUAAUAAUGUUAAUAUGUUUUAAAGUCAGACAAACAAAGCCCGGACGAUAAAUCUUUGGUACAGUCAUCAUCAAUGUAAGCAUCGCACCAGUAAGGCCAUCUCGACCAUUACCAUCACCUACAUCAGCAUCGCCACGGCCACCGUUACAUUUAGUUGUUUAUAUGUUUGUACCCAAAAAUCAUGUAACUUAUACAUUCAUGACUUGUAGUAGUCAUACGAAAUCAAUUGCAGUAUGUUAUGAUGAUAAUGCGGACAUGACAAGGACAUUGCAGACGGCAAAGCUAACGAUGAAGCAGAAGAUUUAUCGAGUGGUGUCACUUGGAAUUUUGAUCAGUCAUAUGAUAUAUAUGACAUGCCAGUAGCACUUGUUCUCCAGCAUUCAACUUAACUUGAAUUAUCAAUGAACUGAAAAAAUUGUAGACCGUUGCAACACAAAUACCAGGCAGAGUGGCAGGCAGUUUCAUCAUUAAACAUUUGGGUCACAAAAUCUGAAUUAGAAGCAAAAAGAGUUUGACAAAAAGAAAAAGAAAAAGAAAAAAAAAAAAGAAAAGAAAAAGAAAACCAGAAAUAAACCAAAAGAAUGUUGAUAAACAAACAUAACUGAUGUUGAUAUUGAGUUCGAAUGCAAACUGUUAGGGAGCUGUGGCAAAGUAUUUUGGGGAAACUAAGCACAAAUACAUCGAAUAUUUGUUUGUGCUGUUAAAACACACAUACACACCCGCAAACACAAACAAACACACAGCCAAAUACACGCACACACACACACACACACACAAACACACACACACUGAGAUGAGUAUUGAACAGUUUGCGAGAAUAAUUUCGAACAAAAGCGCUAAAAAAAAACUCAAAAAUCAAAAGGAAAGAAAAGCUAAAAUCAUAAACAACUACUAACAACUACUAGUGCAGAGAAUAGUAGAACGGAGAUGACAAACGAAUUCCUUUGCUACAUGAGAUUGAACUUUAAAGCCGUUAAAAAAAGCCAAACGGUAUCUAUAUUGGCUAGCAGUGCCAUGGCAAGUAUUUGUAAAUGCGUGGCUAGCAGCAGUAACAGCAACAGAAAGAACAAUAACGGCAACAGCGGUAAAAUUGGUAGUCGUGGUAGCAACAGCAGUAACAAGAGCAAUAUCAUCAGCAGGAUAAUGACAUUCAAUUCGAUAUACAGAAAAGCAACUGUUGUUGCGGGCAGCAUAACAAUUUCCCACAAAAACUCAAUUUCAUAAAUAACAGCAGCAGCAACAGUAACAGCAACAGCAGCAGCAGCAGCAGCACCAGUAGCAAUAAUAGCAAAGACAACAAUAACUUAUACAAAAGUUCAGGCCAUACGCUUGCUAACAGUAAUACACACACGCGUAUACAUAGUAAAGCAAUAAUCGUAUAGUCGGAGUGAGUUUAUUUAUUGUGACAGUAACAGGAAGUGUAAAGUGCAAAAAACCACAACCAAGCAACGAACUAACAAAGCAAGCAAGCAAGCAAGCAAUCAACCAACCAACCAACCAACCAACCAGGCAGGCAGGCAGGCAGGCAGCCAGCCAGCAACCCAGCCAGUGAACUACGAAAACAGCAAACAAUAACUGUAAGACUGGCUUCUUUACUUCGUUACGAAAUGCUGCCCCGUGGGGAUAUUAAUGUAACAACAACACUGACUUCCGCUAAUUCUAAUAUUAUCGACACUUUACAGAAAGAUUAUUUCCGUGUAUAUGAGGGUAACAGAAAUGACAACAAUAGAAGCAGCAGUAGCACCAAUAUUGGCGACAACAUCGAGGAACCAGCCGGCAAUUUUAUAGCGGAUCCAUGGUAUACAUCAAGCCAUCAAGGAAACAUAACAACGGCCACGGCAUUUGUUGCUGCAGAUGACAAUAGACUUAUAGUACCGGAAGAAGGCAUUGCUGCGUAUACAUGGGCAAAAUCAUCUAAUAGGUUCAACGAAACUCUAUUAUCCGCUAAUUCAUCGCAUUUUACAUCAUCGCCGCUCUCCACUUUAUAUCAUACGCUAACAUUGGAUUUUGGAACGACUGGCACGACCAUUUCGAAUCGAAAUUCUUCUUCUACCAUCACCACCGAUACAAUAGAUAACAAUUCAGUGGCCGCUAAUGGCACAGAUAACCUACCGGUAGUUAAUUCAGCGGCAACAAUUCACUAUCCAUUAUUAUUAUCAGCAUCACAACCAUCGUUAACAGCAGGAAUAUCAGCCGUCCGUACUGUGGUCAGCCAUAACGGUGACAAUAACGAUAUCGCUUUGAUCGAUAGUGCGGAAACUCUUUUAGCUGACGAAAAUGAUUAUGAUGCAGUGGCUGCUUUCAAUGAUGGCGAUAGUCACGCCAAGAAUGAUUUAAUUAAUCAGCCAUUAGUUAACAAAAACAGCGAAAACAUAAUCAGCCAAAAUGAAUCCUUUCAUCAGAUACUCUAUAAUGCAAGAAACGGUGGUGGUGGUGGUAUUGGCGCUGGCGGCGCUGGCGGCGCUAAUACUAUCCUUCGGGAUGAUUUAAAUGGUGGCAGCAGUUUCAUGUUACUCUUAGAAGACUUUGGCGAAUAUUUCUACAAUUACAACGGUAGCAGUACGGUUUCGGGCACAACAACAAAUAGUUUAAAUAUAACAAAUAUCGAUUUUCACACGAAUUGCACAAAUUUAAGUAAUUUAACUAAUCUAACGACGUCAUCACUUUGCUAUGAUGCUCCGUCCGAAGUGACACGAAAUUAUUGGGCACUUAUUCUAAUCGUAUUUCCAAUUUUCACAUUAUUCGGCAACAUUCUGGUGAUACUAUCAGUGUUCCGUGAGCGUUCUUUGCAAACGGUUACGAAUUAUUUUAUUGUUUCAUUGGCUAUAGCGGACUUGCUGGUAGCAGUCGUUGUGAUGCCGUUUGCCGUUUAUGCUUUGGUGAAUGUUACUUGGGGUUUGCCAUAUUUUGCGUGUGAUUUUUAUAUAGCCAUGGAUGUGAUAUGUUCCACUUCAUCGAUUUUUAAUUUAGUUGCAAUAUCAGUAGACAGAUACAUUGCUGUGACACAACCAAUAAAAUAUGCCAAGCAUCGGAACAGCCGACGUGUUUGUCUUACCAUUGUUAUGGUGUGGGCGAUAUCGGCGGCUAUCGGUUCACCCAUUGUUUUGGGUCUCAACAAUACACCGGACCGUGAUCCCAGCCUGUGCAUGUUCUAUAAUACGGAUUUUAUUGUUUAUUCAUCGUUGAGCUCUUUCUAUAUACCCUGCAUAAUAAUGGUGUUUUUAUAUUGGAACAUUUUCAAGGCGUUACGUAGCCGAGCGCGAAAACAACGUGCCGCGCGUAAACCUCAUCUCUCGGAAUUAGCGGGCGGAAGUGUUAUCGAAAAUGUCGCACAAACAAGACGAUUGGCGGAAACCGCUUUAGAUAGUAGUCGACAAGCGUCCCGCAUUAUGCCAGAUGAACCGGCCACGAACACCGGAUCAGGAUCGAACGAAGAGGAGGACGAAAACGCUAUAUCGCCAGAUAUUGAUGACUGUCAUGUGAUUGUGAACGACAAAUCCACCGAAUUUAUGCUGGCAACAGUUGUAGAAGAAACAGGAAAUGUGGUGGCCCAAAUAACAUCUCAGCCUCAACUAAUAGUGGCCGACACAAAUGGUAAUCAUGAUUCUGGUUAUGCACCAUCAAACGUUGACGAUGUCCUUACAGGCAUAGCCGAAGAAUCACCACCCGACAGUCCGGUGGUUAGUGGGACCCUGCAACGACCAACCAUUAGCAGUAGGCAAGAUACGGGUGCCGACGAAUCAUCUAAACGGGAACCAGCUUUAAGUGCUGCCAUAAAGCCAUUAUCAUUAGUGCGCUACGGUGUACAGGAAGCCAUGACAUUAGCACGCACUGAUUCAACGCUAUCGACCACAUCGAAAACUUCUAGCCGUAGAGAUAAGAAACCAACACAGGGAUCCAGAUUUACAAUAUAUAAAGUGCAUAAGCCGUCGAAAAAAAAACGUGAAAAAUCCUCUGCAAAAAAGGAACGUAAAGCCACCAAAACGUUGGCAAUUGUUUUGGGUGUUUUCCUUUUCUGUUGGCUGCCAUUUUUCUCAUGCAACAUAAUGGAUGCAAUGUGUGCGAAAUUUGACAAGAACUGUAGUCCAGGUAUCACGGCUUUCAUAUUCACCACCUGGCUGGGUUACAUAAAUAGUUUCGUGAAUCCUGUCAUAUAUACAAUAUUUAAUCCGGAAUUUCGUAAAGCCUUUAAAAAAAUCAUGCACAUAGGGUGAUUGAAAUUACACGUUGCAUCUAAACGGAUUACAUAUAUAAAUAGUCGCGUCAUCAUCAAAUUUUUCAUUACAACAUACGCUACUGUAAGUAAUUUUUGGCGUUUCCUUUAUAUAAAUGUUUCGUUGUGUUUCGUUUUUGAUAAUAAUAAUAAUA